AUGACCGGUCCCACCAUCAUCAUAUCGUCCCACCAUCAUCAUAUCGUCCCACCAUCAUCAUAUCGUCCCACCAUCAUCAUAUCGUCCCACCAUCAUCAUAUCGUCCCACCAUCAUCAUAUCGUCCCACCAUCAUCAUAUCGUCCCACCAUCAUCAUAUCGUCCCACCAUCAUCAUAUCGUCCCACCAUCAUCAUAUCGUCCCACCAUCAUCAUAUCGUCCCACCAUCAUCAUAUCGUCCCACCAUCAUCAUAUCGUCCCACCAUCAUCAUAUCGUCCCACCAUCAUCAUAUCGUCCCACCAUCAUCAUAUCGUCCCACCAUCAUCAUAUCGUCCCACCAUCAUCAUAUCGUCCCACCAUCAUCAUAUCGUCCCACCAUCAUCAUAUCGUCCCACCAUCAUCAUAUCGUCCCACCAUCAUCAUAUCGUCCCACCAUCAUCAUAUCGUCCCACCAUCAUCAUAUCGUCCCACCAUCAUCAUAUCGUCCCACCAUCAUCAUAUCGUCCCACCAUCAUCAUAUCGUCCCACCAUCAUCAUAUCGUCCCACCAUCAUCAUAUCGUCCCACCAUCAUCAUAUCGUCCCACCAUCAUCAUAUCGUCCCACCAUCAUCAUAUCGUCCCACCAUCAUCAUAUCGUCCCACCAUCAUCAUAUCGUCCCACCAUCAUCAUAUCGUCCCACCAUCAUCAUAUCGUCCCACCAUCAUCAUAUCUCAAGGGCUUGGGCAGCAUGUCUAUGCGGCGCUCCACCAGGUACACGGACGUGCCUCGCUGCAAGACCAUGCACAUUCCCAAUCAGCCUCCUUCUCACCGUUCCUCCUAUUGUGA